UUUAAACCACUAUCUAGGGUCCUAUUAUCUAAUCAAUCUACUUAGACUGUGGAGGGGAUGAGGUAUUCCAGAGGACUCACUGUGUGUCAGGUCAGUACUGCUUUUUUGGUUGGUCUGGAAUGAUUAGCAAUAUUAAGAUGGAGAAGACUUACUUUAAAAAUGGUUACUAUAGGCAGAUCAGUCUUAAAACUUUGAUUUUCUAAAAUGGUCAAGUAUUAAAAUGUUGAAGUUUGGAUUCAGGUAAAUGGAGAUUUAGUUUCUUCUAUUUUAAGUUAUAUAUCAGGUACCCUUUUGGGUAAGAUCAGCAACUUUUUAAAACAAAUUAUUUCUGAACCUGAACCUUUCAAUUAGUUUUAGAAUAGUUUCAUAUAUAUUUACCAAUGGAACCACAUUAACAGGAAUAUCAACAGCACCACCUAGCGGCUGAACGGACUAGACAGGGCGCUAGAAAAUUGAGAGAUAUAUGUUAGGUCCUACAUACCAGUAGAUGUUACAUUUUAGGGGACUAUAGCUUCCAUCUGUAGUAUGGAAAUAUAACUGCUUCUUACCAUCUGUUUUUAUUAUUAAGCCAUUGAAAGCCUGAUUUCAAAGUUUAUCACAUGGAAUAGACAGCUUUAAUAAGCAUUGACUCUGUUCACUGAUAACAUUUUCUUUUAUUUUUUUCUUCCAGCUUUUGUCACAAAUUCCUUAAUGAAUCCUAUAUGGAUGGUUAAAACCCGGAUGCAGCUAGAACGGAAAGUGAGAGGCUCCAAGCAGAUGAACACGCUCCAGUGUGCUCGCUAUGUUUACCAGACGGAAGGCAUUCGUGGUUUCUACAGGGGACUAACAGCCUCGUACGCUGGAAUUUCAGAAACCAUCAUCUGUUUUGCUAUUUAUGAAAAUUUAAAGAAGUAUCUGAAAGAAGCUCCCUUAGCCUCUUCUACAAAUGGGACUGAGAAAAACUCCACAAAUUUUUUUGGACUUAUGGCAGCUGCUGCUCUUUCCAAGGGGUGUGCUUCCUGUGUCGCUUACCCCCAUGAAGUCAUAAGGACACGGCUCCGGGAGGAGGGCACCAAGUACAAGUCUUUUGUCCAGACUGCUCGGCUGGUCUUCCGGGAAGAAGGCUACCUGGCCUUUUAUAGAGGACUCUUUGCCCAGCUCAUCCGGCAGAUACCAAAUACUGCCAUUGUGUUGUCUACCUAUGAGUUAAUUGUGUACCUGUUAGAAGACCAUGCUCAGUAACAGACCAGAAAAUUGUGCUCUAGAAGAAUAAAACUGAGAAACUCUAGAGAAUUUUUUUUUUUUCCAUUGAUGUGUAGAAUGUUUGAGACCGAAACAGGAAAGGCCGUAGAAUAUCUGGCUUGUAUCACCUGUUGGACAUUUCCUUUUGGAUUCAUGCUUUCUGGAAGGUUUAAAUUCAUUAACGUUAACAGUUAAUUAUAACUUUUGGUUGUUUUUGUUUUGUUUUGUUUUGUUUUAACUUAAGAGAAUUCAGGAUUAAGCAGCCAGUAAAUUAAAUCAUGGUAUUUAA